CAACCCGCUGCUGCAGGAGCGCUGCAACAGCGAGGAGCUGCGGCACGUCGUCUGCCACCUCGAGACCAAGGAGCUGUGGGACAAAUUCAACGAGCUGGGCACCGAGAUGAUCAUCACCAAGUCCGGCAGGCGCAUGUUCCCGACGUGCCGCGUGUCGUUCACGGGCGUGCGCGCCGAGCAGCGGUACGCGGUGCUGAUGGACAUCGUGCCGGUGGACAACAAGCGCUACCGGUACGCCUACCACCGCUCGUCGUGGCUGGUGGCCGGCAAGGCGGAUCCGCCCGCGCCCUGCCGCCUCUACAUGCACCCAGACUCGCCCUUCACCGGCGAGCAGCUGCGCAAGCAGGUCGUCUCCUUCGAGAAGGUCAAGCUCACCAACAACGAGAUGGACAAGCACGGACACCUGGUGCUGAACUCGAUGCACAAGUACCAGCCGCGCAUCCACCUGGUGAAGCGCAGCGAAGCCAACGCGUCGGCGCCCAUCACCGACCUCGAGAGGGAGGAGUUCAAGACCUUCAUCUUCCCAGAGUCCGUCUUCACCGCUGUCACUGCCUACCAGAACCAGCUGAUUACGAAGCUGAAGAUUGACAGCAAUCCUUUUGCCAAAGGCUUCCGGGAUUCAUCGCGACUGACGGAAUUCGAAAGGGAGACGAUGGAGUCGAUGCUGGCGGAGCAGCAGUACUUGCGCGCGCCGCUGCGGCCCUUCUGCGAGCUGGACACGCACAACAACAACCUGACGCUGGAAGAGAAGGCGCUGCUGGCGGCGCGCAGCCAGCUCUUCCUGCGCGCGGCAGCCGCCGCCGCCGCCUCUGCCGCCGCCUCCGGGGGCGCGGGCGCCGCCGCCGCAGUGGGGCCGUACGGCCCACUGGGGCCCGCGGUAUACGGCGCCGGCCCUCUCUGGGGGCAGUGGGCGUGCCUCGGCCCCCAGCUGCUGCACGCGCACCAGCUCGCAGCCGCCGCCGCCUCCGCCUCCGUCUCCUCCGCUGCCGGCCAGCAGCUGCCGGCGCUGCCGCGGCCCCUCUACCCGGGCAUCGCGCAGCAGCACAGUAAAAGAAGUUCAUAUGCUUCUUUAUUUUUCUUCCACGGCUUGCCCGGCUUCGAGCGCUGCUUUUUAUCGGCUGCAAUCUUCCCGCCCUCCCUCGCCGCUGCGCGCUGGCGAAUCGGCACUGCGGCCGCCGCCGCCGCCGCCUCCGGGAAAAGCGGCUUUUAUGGUGCUGCUCCUGGUGAACCGCCCUCGGUGGAGAGCGGCAGCGCCGGCGAGGCUGCAAAGGGCUGCGCCGACGCCCGAGAACAAUGCGGGGGCGGCGGGAGCGGCGCACGACAAAUUGGCUGCCCCCGGCUCGCCGCCCACUCCGACAAAUUACCACGCCGCCGCCGCCGUGUGUGUGUGUGUGCGUUUGUGUAUGUGUGA